UUUUGACGUCUGCCUUGAGCUGCCACCACAUCUCAUCCUCGUCGCCGGCGACUGUUGAGAGCGAGGUCCGAUUUGCCAAGCAGGCAUGCGCUGCCCUCCUCCGCCUUUCUGUGUGUAGGUGGUCGAUAACCCGCGCUGCGUUUCUAUUUUCCGUUGAAUCGGGUUCGGCAGGACGAAACCUGCGAAGUUUGCUUAGUACAUACGACCUCGUGUUUUCCGUGACUCGACCAUUCUCACGGCCGGGCGAGGAGAGAAAAGCUGUGAGGUUUUAAGAGAACGAGAGACUCGAAUUUUUCUUCGCCUCGUCGUAUGUUGCACCAUUUCUUGUUCGCUUUCCAGAGUCGGAAUCCAUCAGCUUCCUGCAUUUGCAUGGUACACGGAAUUAACAUCCCAAUCCCCCCUUUAUUAUUGAUUCCACUUAUACGGUUAUACCCCUGAUUCGUCCCUGGGACCGGCCCACUGGGCGCUCCUAUGUUUAUGUUACACGAUGAGUGCUGCACUGCGGCCCACCACGUUUGCAAACACAUUUCUUGUGUCCCGAGACGGACACGCAGGGCCGGUUUUCAAUAUUGUAGGACCGGAAGAGCCUCGAAAGAAGCGGCCACAUCGGAAAUCAAGACUGGGGUGCAUCCGAUGUAAAAGACGCAAGGUCAAGUGUGACGAGGGCGAUCCGUGCAGGAAUUGUGUCAAGCGGAAAGAGGCAUGCGUCCGCGACAGGCCGACAUGUUCCAGGCGGGACGGCGGGAAGUCUCCGCCGCAGACGCCGCCGCUCCUCCCCGAAGUGCUCUACUGUCCGCCAUCCGAGCCGGAAUGUGGUCCCGUCAACCUGCUGCAUAUGGAACUCCUGCACCACUUUGAGCGCCACACCAUCCAUACGCUACCCUUCCACGUGGUGUGGCCCAGGAUGCUGCAGCUUGCCUUUCAGUCCCGGCAGCACACGUACCUCGUAAACGCCAUGCUCUCCUUCUCGGCAGCACACCUCGACUAUCUCCACCGGGGUGACAACCCGCGCUAUCACCGGGCCAAGUACGCGCUUCUGGACAAGACCCUGCACGACUACCGCGAGGCGCUCUCAGCUCCCAUCACGGCGGACAAUUGCGACGCCCUCCUCGGCACAGCCAACCUGAUCCAGUUUCUCAUGUGGUCCGACAUCAGCUUCAUGGACGGCCAAGAAGAAGAAGAACAGCAGCAGCAGCAGCCACUAGACUUGUCAGGCGAUCGCCUCUACUGGCUCUGCACCGGCGUCCGGCAGAUCCUCUUUAUGGCCUGGCCCCUCUUCCAGACCCCGCAGUCCGUCUUUAUGCAAGUCGGCAUGCUGCAACCGUGCAUGGCGCUCGAGGACGCGGUUGAAGCGUGGGGGCUGAACUGGCAGCGCUACGUGCGCGCCUUCAUGCAGCUGUACGAUAACCCGCGAUACCGCGGAGGACGGGACGCAUUCCCUUCUUCCUCUCCCUUCUCCACACCGCAGCCAUUAUCCCGCACCUUACGAGACGACGAUGAGGGACAUGCGGAGGACCGGACGUCGCCAUUGAUAACACCAUCACCAACACCGCCGUCCCCAAGUUGCUCAUCCUCCUCCUCCUCACCGCCAUCAUACUCAGCACCCACCUUCUCCACCAGCAACAGCAACAGCAACAGCAACAGCAACAGCAAUGGAUCAGCCUACCUCGAGGGCCUGAUCCCCAACCUCCCGUCCUCCAGCGCGCCGCCGUACAAGGUCAUGACGUUGUGGCAGAGCUACAAGGAGGGCGAGGCCUACGUCAAGAGCGCCGGACAGCAUGACGAGGCCCUCACGCGGGCCGCAUACGGGCGGCUCGUGGCGCGGCUGGCUAUUGCCAUGGCCUUUGUUGUUGCCUCCUCCUCCUCUGAUGAGAAAGAGGAUGCCACUACUAUUACUACUACUACUACUAGUCCUGGUGCUAACCGACACCGACAACAACCGCAACCGCAACCGCAACUCCCCCCGGGGGCAAAGCGCAGCAGCAGCAGCAGCGACAUGGUGCGCUACGUAUCCGUGUUCCCCAUGAUGUGCUUCGGCCCGCUGCUGGCGCUGAUCUCGACGGGGGACUCGCGGAUGCUGGUGGUGCUGUUCCACAUCUACCACGCCGUGGGCCAGCUGCUGCCGGGGGAGACGUACUGGUGGUGUCGGAGGCGCGUGGCUAUAAUGGAAGCGGCCAUAGGGCGCGAGCUGCGGAGCCGAGGCUUGGAGGUCUGCUUGAGGAGGCAGAACGAGCUCGUCUAAGGUACAAUACAAAUACAAUACAAUACCAGGUAGUAGUACCUUAGUUGGUCAAUGCGGUUUUUCAUGUGAGAGAAUGGAACAUUCACACCGCUCCGAAACGUAAAAAAAACUCUUCAGGUUCCCCUCAUGGCUGCGACCUUUUCGAAUGGGAUGGAUA